AUGAAAGGUUUGACUGAUAAGAAGAAAAUUGCUCAGCUCUUGUGUAAUUCUAUAGGUAGUGAACAUUAUAACAACCUAUCUGCAUUUUUGGGCCCAGACAAGCCACUCAAAUCAUUAGAUUAUGAAACUCUGUUGAAUGACUUCAAGAAACUAUUGACUCCGAAGAAAAGUGUUGUUGUUGCUCAACAUUAUUUCUUAAAUAUCUUUCAAAAAGAAAACCAGUCAAUUUCAGAGUUUGUGGCCGACCUCAGACGUGAUCUUCAAGAAUGUGAAUUUGCAGUAGAAUGCUCCAACGAUGAAUGUGGAACACCUGUGUCAAUUGCUGAUGUGUUCUUGCGGGCACAGUUCAUACGAGGAUUGAAGGACAAUUGGCUUAGGGAACACCUUUUACAAUCCGUUUACACAAAGUUUGAUGACAUUCUAGAGAAAGCUAUUGCUCUUGAAGCAUCAAAGGUUGAAAGCAAAGAAUUUCACCAACAUGCAUGUUCUAACAACUUUAAUAUGGAUUCGGCUGGAGUGCACAAAAUUACAAGGUCUUCCAGACGAUCCCACCAGUUCUCUAACAAUCGCUCAUCCAACAAGACAUCUCUCAACUGGAAACAACGUUCAAAUAACAAAAGACCUGAAUUCAAUGCCCUCGGAAUAGAAGGCCUCUGUCUUAGAUGUGGAAGUAACAAACACAUUGCUGCAAAUUGUAACAGGCACAAGUAUAAACUCCAAUGUGGUGAGUGUUUAAAACGAGGACAUGUCUCUGCGGUCUGCAUAACUACACUGAUGUCAAGGACUAAGAAAUCAACAUCAAAGUUAAAUUCAACCAACAACCUACAUUCAGGAUCAAAUGAUGACGAUUAUUCUAGUGACGACUCUUCUGAUUACGGAGUGCACAAAAUUGAUUCGAUCUACCAGAACUUUGAUGUCGUAGAUUUAUUUGAAGUUGGAUAUGAUUCAGACAAGUACAUUGUUUCUGUCACUAUAAAUGGAAAAUUGCAAUGUUUUGAAGUUGACAGUGGGGCUAAAUUUUCUCUCCUUGCGAAGAAUGACUUUGAACGUCUACAUCUGAACGUACCUGUAGAACCAUCAAGGCUAGCUUUCCGUUCUUACUCUGGAGACAUAAUCAAACCAGAGGGAAAGGUAUCAGUUUCUGUAUCAUACAAGGGUAAACAGUUCAAAGGUGACCUUCACAUCGUCCCUUCAGGUCAUGAUGCACUUCUAGGGCGCCAAUGGAUCCGAGGACUGGGUAUUGAACUGUGUGAAAUUGACGCUGAAAUGAACCGACCAGCUACUACCCUUCAAUUACAACCAGUAAAUUCAGUUGAGGAACUGUUUGAAAAAUUUGCGCCAAUUUUCGAGCCAAAAAUUGGAUGCGUUCCAAACUUUACAGUAUCAUUACAUCUUCGAUCAGGAGCAAAGCCUAUUUUCAAUCGUGAACGGAACGUACCUCAUGCUCUUAUUGAUCAGGUCAACAAGGAACUAGAUUUACUUGAAAAUGAAGGAAUCAUUUCGCCUGUUACGUCAAGUGAUUGGGGGUCACCACUAGUCGUGAUACCUAAGGCAGAUGGAAGUGUUCGUCUCUGUGUUGACUACAAGUGUGGUGUGAAUGAACGAAUAGUCCAGGCAAACCAUCCUAUUCGAAAAAUUGACGAUGUACUCGAUAGUUUGAGAGGAUCUCGUUACUUUUGUAAACUUGAUCUGUACAAAGCUUAUCUGCACCUCAAGGUCGACGAAGAGUCCAGUAUUAUCCAGACAAUGUCAACACACCGUGGAACAUAUCGUGUCAAUCGUCUAAGUUUCGGAAUAAAGACAGCACCUUCUGAAUUCAACCGAAUUCUUACACAAAUUUUGAAGGGGUUGCCUAAAACCGAGGCCUACUUUGAUGACAUAAUUUGCCAUGGCUCAACAAUGGAUGAGUGCAAAAGAAAUCUACAGGCCUGUCUUCAACGACUCUCAGAUUUUGACUUACACAUAAACAAACAGAAGUGUUAA